AUGGUAGAUUGGUCGUUACUUCCUAAAGACUUGCUGGAACUAAUCAACGGUCGUUUUGAGACAUGUUUUGAGGCUGUUCACCUCCGCUCUGUCUGCAGCUUGUGGCGUUCAGCCAUACCUCGACGCAGUUAUAAACAGAGCUUAAGCGUUGACUACCUUCUCCCUAUUUUCAGUGACAACCCUCGGUUUAGAGGCGAUAAGAAUUGCAUACUUAAAAAGAUUCCAAAUUUUCUUCUCAGAUACCAGACUCCCUUUGGUGCUGAUUGUUUGAUUGUAGGGAUCAGCGAGAGUAUCUACGACAAACAGAAGUUGGUGUCGUCACUACCAGGUUUUGGUUUCACGUCUGAAUAUGGGAUGGUGCUCAACACUCUUAGUUCCCAAAUCAUCCCCUUGGAUCAUCACUACGUGAUAAAGUUCAAUGCUACAACAACUAUACGCUAUAUAACAAUGAGACGGGAUUUUUCCGAAAGAGUAGCGUUUCUUAGUGAAGAUGGUGGAGAUUUCACAGUGGUAGCUGGAGUGUUGGAUACAUUAAUGAUGUAUAGAAGCAGUGAAGAGAGGUGGAUAAAAAUCGAGGGUCAGUUUAGAUCAUAUCAAGACAUGGUUUCAUUCAAAGGCAGGUUUUAUGUUGUUGAUAAGAGUGGAAGGGGACGUGUCUUUGUUAUCGAACCUUCUUUAGAAGUUAGCGAGAUCCGUUCAGUCACGCAGGCCCACGAAUGUUAUUGGGAGGCACUGGUUGUCUCAGGAGAUGCUGAACUCUUGCUGGUGCAGCGAUUUACACCAAGGGGGUAUCAUGAUGAAAAUAUGCAUACGUGGUUCAGAUUGUUUAAGCUCGAAGAGGGAGACCAGAGGAGAUGGGUUCGGGUUAGUGACUUGGAGGAACGGGUAGUGUUUCUUGGGAUUAACAGAAACUUUUGUUAUUCGGCAAAGGAGAUUCCUGGUGUGAAAGGGAACUGCGUUAUGUUCAUCGAACCAAAUAGUAAUACCAUCCCUGAUAGAAUCCUUGUGUUUGACUUAGGUACCAAAAAGACCACUCAGGAUUCUACCUUAUGCAGAGGCAUGAGCAGCAUGCUCAGCGAAAAUAGAGAAUCAGUUAGCAUCGGUGAUGCGUCAGCUUAG